AAAUAUAUGAACGAUAUAGAGCAUCUACAAAGGGAAAAGUCGAUAUACAUAUGAGAUUGAUGAGAAACUACAAAGACAUACCUUCUUGGUGGUUUUACAUACUUCUUUUGGUGACAGUGACGAUGUCACUUGCACUGUGCAUCUUCUUGAAAGAUGAGGUUCAGAUGCCAUACUGGGGACUUCUCUUUGCAGCUGCUAUUGCUUUCGUGUUUACCCUCCCCAUUAGUAUCAUUACAGCCACCACAAAACAUGACACCUGGACUAAAUAUAAUUACAGAAUACAUAAUGGGGAUAAUAUAUCCUGGAAAACCUAUAGCUAAUGUGUGCUUCAAGACGUACGGUUACAUGAGCAUGGCUCAAGCUGUAUCCUUCCUCAGUGAUUUCAAGCUGGGUCAUUAUAUGAAGAUUCCUCCUAGAUCAAUGUUUUUGGUUCAGUUCAUUGGAACCAUCAUUGCUGGAACAACAAAUAUGAUUGUUACAUGGUGGCUCUUGCACUAAGUUGACAACAUAUGCCAUCAGACCAAGUUCACAAACAGCCCAUGGACCUG